UGCUGAGGACAGAAGAGAGCUGCUCACUGAGGAAGUUCAUGUCUACGAGCUCAGUGAAGCUGUGAACCACCUUCACACUUCCCCAAUAUUCACAGAUUCAACCAACUUGUGUCCACAAAGAGGACGCUGACUUCAUCAGAGGCCAGAUGGAGAAAGUCAAGAAGGAGAUCCUCAUCAUUUUAAAGGAGCUCAAGGAGGAGGACUUCAAAGAGUUCAAGUGGCACCUGAACCACCCAAGCCCAGAAGACCACCGAUCAAUCCCACGCAGUGACCUGGAGAACAAAGACAGGAUGGACACGGUGGACCUGAUGGAGCAGUACUACGGCAAAGACUCUGUUCAGGUGGCCGUGGAGGUUUUGAAAGAGAUUCAAAGGAACGAUCUGGCCGAAAAAUUAUCCAAAAUGAACUUUUACACUACGGGCGAACCGAAUCCUGUGGGAGGAGAUGGAGGUCAAGGUGAAGAGACUUUUUGUACCACCAUCUAAUUAUUGCACACUUCAAUUAUUUCCGUGGUCAUAUUCAAUCAAUCAACUUUAUUCCACACACAGAGGUCCAUAGAGAAUACAUACACAUAAAAAACAACAAU